AGUAGCCCCCAGUCACAGGCCAGUUGAACUUUAAAACUACACAGCAAUGGGACAGUUUUGGAGAGUGUGUUUUUAUUUAUUGGCUUUUUUAAAUCCAACUUGUUGUAUGGAAUUGGUUAGUUUAGAAAACAACUUGGCCGAAUGUCUUCAAGAAAUGGUUGUCCUUGAAAAUUUAAAUUACAAAAGAACAAUUCGAAUUAGUGUUGAAUCGGAAGUGAAUAAAUCAAUUAAAUGGUAUUUUGGAGAUGCAGUUGAUAGGUUUUUGCGAUUAAAUACCGUAAAUAAUAUAACAGUCGAGUUGCGUUUCAAUUCAGAAAAUCAUUCACCAUAUGCUAUACACACGAGGAUACUUUUUGUGGAUAGUUUUGAAACUUUGAGAUCUUUAGUUCACCGACAGCGAAGUCAUGCCAAAGACGUUACUGGAAUAUAUCAAUUCUACUACAUAGUUUUACCUCUAGAAGAUUUAUCGAACAACAGCUUACAAAGAACCCUCAAUCAAAUCAUGGACUUUUGUUUAAGAAGCCUAAUUGUUCACGUUAAUGUGUUUGUCGAAAAUUCUAAUGGCACUAUCACAAUCUACACUUAUUAUCCUUUUUCCGAGAAAAAAUGUCGAGAUCCAACUCCCGUAAUUUAUAAUCGUUUCUCAAAUGGAACCUUUGACUGGAAUAAGCCCUCAUUUCCUCUGAAAAUUGAUAAUUUUUGGAAGUGCCCGUUGAUAGCUGUAUUUUCUGACGAACCGCCAUUUGUAGUAAUAGAUGGUGACAAUGUGUCAGGAUUCGACAGAUACUUCUUGAACGACUUGGCUGCCAGUUUGAAUUUUACCUUUAGAAUUGUGAGGGCUCCCGAAAAUACUGGAAAGAUUUUAUCGAAUGGAACUAUUACUGGAGCUUUUAAACUUUUAAAUGAUGGUAAUGGAGACUUGAUGCUUGGUGGGUCAGUUUGCACUCAAGAGAGAAAAGCUAAUUUUGCUGCAACAACUGAUUACUUGUCAACGUAUUUGGUCGUAAUAGUUAGAAGACCGCAGGAGUUCAGUUCUCUAGAGAUCUUGAUGUUUCCAUUUGAUGUGUUCACUUGGUUCACACUAAUGGGAGUUCUAGCUGCAAAAUGGAUUGGUCAUGCUGUGUGGAAGAACGUGACUCACGAAGGGAUAAGGAUCGGCAGAUAUUCGCCUAAAAUACAUAUUCUUUCAUGGCUAUUUAGCAUCAUGAUCUUACGCAGUUCCUAUGAGGGUUCGAUAUUCAAUUUCAUACAUUCUCGACCUCGCAGAUCAGUUCCUUAUGAUUUGGAAGGCACCAUUGCUGCUGGCUAUACAUUCAUAGCAAGAAUGUCUUAUUCAAGCGUAUUGACGCCAUUCGCCGAACUUUUACCAAUGAAGUUAGUGUUCGUAGAUGUUUCGUUCCUUGAGAUUUUCGAUGAGUUCGACAGUCGGGACAAUCAGUUUGCUUUGGUCACUUUGGCUGAACACUUAAUUGAGCACAAGGAGGACCCAACGCGCUAUCAAAGAUACACCUCCAUCAAGAAGCCAAUUCUGUAUAAUAUUAUUUGCGUUUAUAUGCCAAAGUUUUCCUUUCUAACAGAAGUCCUUAAUAAACGCAUAAAACAAAUGACCGAUUAUGGGCACUUGAAAAAGAUCUACGACAAGGUUGUCGGGGAUAAUAUAAGGAAGAAGGAUUCAGUGGAACGACAAAGACCAAUCGAGAUAGUUAUGUCAAUGCAUCAGAUUGCAGGCGCGUUUCAAUUACUAUUUGCAUUGACGGCAGUAGCAGUGGGCUUGUUUCUGAUGGAAUUGAUGACUGUUAAUAGCAGAGGAAUGAAAAAGUUCAUGGAUUUUUUCCAUUAGAAUUAUUAAUAAACUGUCUUUUUAUUGCAUUAAUUAAAAGCACUUUUAAAAAUAACUGA